GUGGAAAUGUCCCCCAGACUUUGCUGACUUCUUUGUGCUUGAUUCAAGAGCGCACAUCCUCGCACCACGGGGACCAGGAACCACAGAAAGAACCUCUGAGCUCCAAGCAGCACGUCAGGAGGAGACAAGCCCUCUUGUGAUGCAGGACUGUUGAUGGAGAGAAUUUCGAAUGUCAGCCGGGACCGUGGUCAUCGCAGGAGGAAUUCUGGCCGCCGUCAUCUUACUGACCAUCGUCGCCGUGCUGUGCUUAUGUAGGUUGCAGUAUUACUGCUGUAAGAGGGAGGAGUCUGAGAAGGGGGAGGAGGAGGAACCCGAACUGUCCACCAUGUCGCCUUCCCACCCCUUGGCUCUGUCGGCUCCUCCGACGCCGCCGACCCCGGAGCGUUACAGCGACGAGUCGGAGACGUACCCGCCCACCUUCCUGACCGAGACCAACGGGCCCGUCAGCCACUCGCCGCAGCUGCGCAGGUGCCACCGGCCGCACGCCUUCUGCCCGUCGUGCGCUCGCUACACGCUGCCCCUUUACCUGCAGCACCCCGAGAGGCUGUGCAACGGCGGGCGGCGGGCAGGCUACCGGAGCGUGCACCAAGACCUGGACGUGACCUCGGACGUGGCGGGCUUCUACCAGAAGCUGGACCUCAUCCGCUCGGUUGCCAUGAGGGAGGCGGUCACGCGCAGCGUCAGCACCGACGUGUAGCUCCAGGAGCACGGUGACCUACAACACUGAGGGCUCUUAGAUGCAACGCCAUGUUGGAUGUUAGCUUGACAUCCAGCGACUUGAAAAACUCUUACGUUGGCGUGCGGCUUAUUCAUCCGCCAAUCAAGUUUUUCUUUUCUUCUCCAAAC